GGACAUAAGUUAGCCGAAUUUUUAAAUGAUAUAUACCAAACUUUGUCAGAUAUUUCCCUGAAUUCUAAGCUUUUUCGUUUGCCCAAUGGUUGAGUACGUGUUUUAUCGCUAACUUGAUACUGAUAUAAUGAAUGAAUAACGAUAUUAUGAACAAAGAAGAGAUGACGAAAUUUGACUACACAUCUUCAACCACCUUUAAAUUUGUAAAUAAAUGUAAAUAAAACUGUGAAAAAAUUUGGUGAUCAAAAGUAUCUUUUUUUGGUGAUCAAAAGUACAUUUACUCCGUUAUAUUUGUGUUUUUGAUAGUUCACUUUUCUCUACUAUUGAAAAGUUUUUUUCUAUAGUUGAUAAAGAAAAAGGUGAGCUGUAUUCUAACCUGUAUUGUAAUCUUCGCUCUGUUCUUUGUUAACAAACGUUAUGAUAUAAUAUUUUGUCGAAAUAAAUCCAUUUCGUGUGGAACUUUUAUGACAUUUGACCCAGCUUUUUAGGCCGUUUUUUGCCAUUAUAAGUGGGGACGUUUAGAUGUAUUUAUUUCACAUUUUUUUCAAUGUCAAAAAAACGGUCAAAUAACAGGCAUUUAACUGCUGUCUGUCGCUUUUUUUUUGCCAUUUAAAUAUCAAUUUUCAGACAGUUAGAAAAUGUCAAAAAAAUAUCUUCUGAAACCUAGGAUACUAUCACCUGCACCAAGAACCACAGACCAUUUCCUCGAGGCAAGUUUCUAUGAGUCGUAUAACUAAAGAAGACUUUUUUCUAUAAAAAAAUAAAAAAUGAGAUGAAGAUAAAGAAAAAAGUGAGCUGUAUUCUAACCUGUAUUGUAAUCUUCUCUCUGUUCUUUGUCAACAAACGUUAUGAUAUAAUAUUUUGUCGAAAUAAAUCCAUUUCGUGUACUCCACCGUGAAAAACGUGUGACAUAGCAAAAACACAUUUUAUUACUCAGUAACUACGGGUUUAUCGUAACCUUUACGAUGAACGUCAACUUUAUGCUUAAACAAAGUUUAAAAAGAAAAGAGUUUUUGUAGGGAUUCACUGUUCUUAUAACCAUGUAGAGGAGAGGGCGUGACGCGUAUGUGUGUCUUCCCUCUCGGAUAGUGCAGUAAGAAUCUGAUCUACUAAAGAAUGAUCUUGCUGCAAUAUUGAACUUCUCUUUUGUGUUAGGUGAUCAACAGACAAAAAUGGAAUCUGUCCUGAGAUAAUAGUCACGGACAAGUAAGAAACUAUAAUGAUAGGCUUGGAAGAUCAUUCUAGCAAGAUCAUCUGAAAAUGCAAUGCUCGAUGAUGAAACAGACAUUUUAAUCAAAAUCAUAAGUUUCUUUUGCGUUUUCGAAGGUAAAAACUCUUUUAAAUAUGUUUACACUGAAAUGUAACAACCGUUUUAAAUAUUCUUUGUUGUUUCUGUCUUUGUCUAUAUUAAUGAUUCACUAGUACUUAAAUGCUUUAUGACUUGACUUAUAUACAUUUAAAUUUGCGUAGACCUCAUAGUUUUUAGCAAUCUAUUUAUGGCUGACAACUUCUUUCUCUCACUGCAAUGGAGUCAUCAAUAGAUCAGUAUUGUGCAACCAUCAAAAAGUAGACAGAAAAUACUAGCGUCGAAAAAGUGAAAGAAAUGCUAGAGAUACUCUUUUGUUCGACGACGACGCAGCUAAUAAAUCGGAUCUUCAUCUGGAUACUAUUUAUUCUAUUCUGACAAAAGUAAGCUAUGCUUUUAGCAAACAAAGUGGAAAUGAUAUCUGUCAACCUGCGAAAACCUUAAACCAUCGUUCUAUAAUCAAUCGUAAGUUUUUCAUUUGUAUGAAGGAUGUGAUUCAUUGAUUAUUGGCUAAAUCAAAUCAGAAAUCUACUAUAAUGAAUCAAGAAGAAGCAGAUUGUUUUUUUGCGACAUGUUUUUUAUUCUUAUGUCUAUAUCUAAUGAUGAAAUGAGUAACGAAUAUUAUAAGAACGUAUUUUUUGACAAAAACAUUCUUAAAAUAUGUCACCGAAUGCAUUGAAGAUUUAGCAACAAACGAUGAAAGUAAAUAAGACUUUAAAUAUGUAGCUAUGGAUGUACUUAUUUAUUCUUAUAAUUAUUCAUCAACAAAAUCUAUUGGCAUAGAUUAUUCGAAUUACGAAUCAUUUUUGAAUGGAAUUGUAAAAUAUAUUUCUUCAUCAUUCUAUUUGGAUAUAUUCAGAAGUACUGAGGUUCUACAUUGCUAUCACUGUGUUGAAGAAAGAUUUUUCAUUAAAACCUGUACAGAAUAUGUUAUUACGAUUAAUAACACUAAAAAACUGCCGAGAGAACUAUUUAAAAGUUUAUGGUAAAAGUAUUAUUUUCUACUGAAGAGAUUUUCGAUAGACAUCUGUUGUCUAUUGUUGAGGGUAACAGCGAAAACACUGGAAAUACUCUGGCUGUCAGUUAUUAUGUUCGAUUACUCAAUUUUUUUGCUCUGUCGCCAUCAUUUAAAACAUAUUUUCUUCAACAACCGAAUAUAAUCGAUAACGUAUUAUCUAUUUUGAAUACACAAAGGUUGGUUUCUUAUAUAACUAAAGAAGACCAAUAUAAUAAAGACGAUUUUCGUUUACUGACGGAAUUCAUAACACUUAUUUAGAAUUUAACGUCAGACUUAAAUCUCUUAAGUAUUUUAAGAGAGAAAUGCGUAAUAGAAACAUUUGUUAAAUUUCAAGAUGCCAGAAACGAAAAAAUUCAAUUUAUAGCAUGUAACUUGACUUGUAUUUUUGAUAUCAAGAAUAUUGAUCGAUUACAAAAUACAAAUGAAAUAACGCAGUGUAUAGGUUAAUCAGUGUUCGAUGUCUUUAACUAUCUUCGCACCUAUUCAAAUAACGACUAAAAACUUAUUGUUUUUGUCUUUUAGUAAGUGUACAAAAUGAUCGAGUUAAAAAACGAGUUUUAUUAUUGAACGAUGGUAUACCGAUGUUAAAUCGACGUGCAAGCGAUUCAAAGUUUGAUGUAAUAACAAUUCAACAUCCGGCAAUAUGCUAUAUUUAUACAAUGUUAGUCGAUCGAGGUGCUCUUCGAUUGAUAAAAGAUAAUCAUUCAUUCAUUGAACAUGUCAAGUUACUUAUAUCAACCUAUUCAGAUGACUUGGCAUUACAGCAAACAGCUAAUAGAAUUAUAUGGAAAGCUGAAAAAGAGACACAAUGCAUAGCAAAAGCAGAAGAACGAAUAGCGUUAAAACAUAUUCAAACUAAACGUUUAGAGCCACAACAGAACAUUGAAUUAUUCAUUUGGAAACCAGAUGAUAAAUUUUCAAGAAAAGCAAUUCAAGAAGAAUCACAGCAACAAUCAUCAUCAUCACCGCCACCAGUUUAUGUAGCAGGACAAGAGGGCCAAAACCCAACAGGUCCAGUUAAGAAAUAUGAUUUCAUGAUUAGUUAUUGUCAUAUCAAUAAAGAUCUGUGUCAUAAGAUUUAUUACCAGUUAAAAGAAACAAAUGCAUAUAGUAUAUGGAUCGACAAGGAGUUGGCUGAAGUUUCAGCGACAGAAAUCACUGAUGUACAUAUGUUGUUAGUUCUCUUGUCACAUCCACUAGCUGGUCUACCAUAUUAG